AUGCGCACUGCCUUCUUGAGAACGCUGCCCCGGACCAUCCCCCGAGCAACCCGAAACAUCCACUCCACCUCCCGCUUACUGGCUUCUGAAAUACCGACCAGCCCUUUCGAGGACCCCAUUUUCAAGGCUUUCGCUGAUCGGGUCAAGCAGCACCAGGGUGCUGUUGAUGCUAUGAAGAGUGUUAUGAAUGUAAUGCAAGCAAAGGGCUUCGACAAGAACAAAAAGCCCACUAUCAUGCAAAUGAUGCAAAUGGCUAGUGAUGCCGAGCUGAAAGCUGCCGCCUCUACACUAAUGACAGAGCUUCAAAAAGCCGGUGUCGGGAUGGACGAGGCGAAAGAGAUCUUUUCAAGGGCGCAGGCCGGUACUCCCCGAAGCUAG